UUCGACCGCCCUAUCCCUCUUUCUUUUUUCUAUAAUUAAAGUAAUGUAAUUUCACUGACUUUUAUCCAAUUAUUUGAAGUGACGUAAGGUUAUGUUUUAAUUGAUUUUCAAAAUUAUACCGUGAUCAAAAUCUGAAGUCCACCAAAUUGUUUUUAUAGACCACAGAUUAUUCAACAGGCUUUGAAAAUUUCAUGGAAAUACCAAAUAUUUAGCUAAGUCAUAUGCAAAACACAUCAAAAAAAACUAAAACCAAUAAGAAAAAUGAAAAUGUAUCAUACUCUGACGAUUAUCAGUCUUGUAACGAUUGCACGUGCAAGAAAACAUGCCAAAUCUGUAAAGAAAAUAAUGAGGAACAUGAGAGUAAUACAGAUUCUUCUCAUCGAGAUCCCGGUGGCUAUGUUCAGAAUCGUACUUCUGACCACAAUAAAUACUAUAGUCUACAAACCACUACAAAAGCUUCAAGACGUUUAACCUUGGCUGCAGCAAAGGCACAAUAAAUAGCUAAGACGUAUUUUUAGCUCGUAAAAAGAUGAGAUAAUAACACCGAUAAUCAUUUUACUUAUACCGUCAAUUCUAUUAGAUUAUAUUCUUACUGGGUGGAUGAUUUUUUUCUGUAUUCAAUGAUCGUUCAUAAAGUCAAUAUUGAAUGUAGUUUCCAUGGAUAUCUUUCCUACGUUAUGGCGGUUACACAGAUGCGUGGUUCAGUGAUUGGAACUCUGAAUCCGAAGUCAUAGACUCCAAAACCCCAUUCCUCGAAACAUUGGAUUUACAUGGACUUUCCCCAGAGGCAUUUUUCAGAAUUUAAACUAUUUUUUUGACCUAAUAUUGUGCUAAUUCAAUUUUUCAACCCUCUCUCAUUAUUCAAUAUGGUAAAUUUUAUCAGGAUGUAAGAAUACCUUGUGGUAAACGGAGAUGCAUAUUAAGAGACAAAUUGAAAUGGCAACCUGUAGAAAAAAAGCCAGUUUUGAAACUAUACUACCGCAUGAUGGAGGAGGAGCUGGCGGCACAGAAAUUCAUAAAACCCGGCAGCCAUAAAGGCAAGGGUAUCGCAGUAUUCACCAGUGGGGGAGAUUCUCAGGGUAUGAAUGCUGCGGUACGUGCCGUGGUGCGUAUGGGAAUUUAUCUUGGCUGCAAAGUAUUUUUCAUCAAGGAAGGCUACCAGGGCAUGGUAGAUGGUGGAGACAAUAUUGUGGAAGCAACUUGGUCUUCGGUUUCCUGCAUUAUUCAUAAGGGUGGCACCGUGAUUGGAUCUGCUCGAUGUAUGGAUUUCCAGCAGAGAUCCGGACGUCGUAAGGCUGCAAAGAAUUUAGUAACUCGUGGAAUCACUAACUUAGUUGUUAUCGGAGGUGACGGCUCUUUAACAGGAGCAAAUCUCUUUAAAGAAGAAUGGGCUGAGUUGCUGAAAGAGCUUAUAGAAUCUGGUGAUAUAACUUCUGAGCAGAGAGACAAGUACCAACAUCUCUAUAUCGCCGGAAUGGUCGGUUCAAUUGAUAAUGAUUUUUGUGGAACGGAUAUGACAAUUGGAACUGAUUCUGCCCUACAUCGUAUUAUUGAAAGCAUAGAUGCUAUUGUUAGUACUGCGUAUUCUCAUCAGCGUACUUUUAUUAUGGAAGUUAUGGGUCGUCACUGUGGUUACCUAGCUCUGGUAGCAGCCAUGGCCUCCGAAGCUGACUUUGUCUUCAUGCCAGAAUGGCCACCCGAACAAGACUGGCCUAACAAGCUCUGCAAAAAGUUAUUGCAGGAACGUCUAACUGGUCAGCGUCUGAACAUCAUUAUUGUUGCGGAGGGUGCUGUCGAUCGAAACGGCGAUCCAAUAACAGCUGAGAAAGUUCAUAAAGUCGUCGUAGACAAUCUCCAUCAAGAUACAAGAAUUACUGUACUUGGUCAUGUACAGAGAGGAGGAAAUCCCUCAGCUUUUGACAGAGUUUUAGGUUGCAGGAUGGGCGCUGAAGCAGUUAUGGCUCUAAUGGAAGCUAAAGGAGAUACGGAAGCAUGCGUUGUUACUCUCGAUGGAAAUCAAGCGGUCCGUCUUCCUCUGAUGGAAUGUGUGCGCCGCACUAAAGCAGUCGCUCAGGCAAUGGCUGAAAAAAAUUGGGACCUCGCUGUUCAAUUACGUGGAAAAGGAUUUGCGCGUAACUUGGAAACCUACAAAAUGUUAACCCGUUUGAAGGCUCCUGCUGAACCAGUGAUGGGCAAAGAUAAUCAAGGCCCCACAUUAACUAAGCAGAACACUAUGUGGGGACAAGAUCAUUAUACUCUGGCUGUAAUGCACGUUGGUUCUCCAUCGUGCGGUAUGAACGCUGCUGUCCGAUCCUUCGUUAGAAACUGUAUCUACCGCGGAGACAAAGUUUACGGCAUCUGCGAUGGUGUUCCUGGCUUCAUGGCUGGAAAACUAAAAUUGAUGGAAUGGCCAUCCGUUACUGGCUGGGUAGCUCAGGGUGGAGCGUAUCUAGGAACUAAAAGAGCCCCACCUAAAGAAGAUCAACUACCGCAGAUAGCUCAGCGACUAAAAGAGUUCGGUAUUCAAGCUUUGUUGAUUAUUGGUGGAUUUGAGGGAUAUCAAACUGGGUUAACAUUCUGCGAUGCCAGAGAAAAGUAUGAAGAGUUUAGAAUUCCGAUUGCUAUGAUACCGGCGACUAUUAGUAACAAUGUACCAGGUACGGAAUUUUCAUUGGGCUGUGAUACUGCUCUCAACGAAAUUACGGAGAUCUGUGACCGUAUUCGUCAAUCAGCUCAAGGAACUAAGCGGCGCGUAUUUAUCAUUGAAACAAUGGGUGGUUAUUGUGGCUAUCUGGCAACUGUCGCAGGGUUAGCUGGUGGAGCUGACGCUGCAUAUAUUUUUGAAGAAAAAUUCAAUAUCAAAGAUUUGAAUCAAGACGUUGUUGCUAUGGCUGCCAAGAUGUCGGAAGGUGUUCAAAGAGGAUUGAUUCUCAGAAAUGAAAGUGCUAACCUUAAUUAUAACACGGACUUCAUGCAGAGAUUAUUCAGCGAGGAGGGAAAAGGACUAUUUAGCUGCAGAUCUAACAUCAUUGGGCACAUGCAGCAAGGAGGUUCACCCACACCUUUUGAUCGUAAUUUGGGUACUAAAAUGGGAUCGAAAGCUGUUGAAUGGUUCACAGAACAGUUGAAAAAGCACACUGCUGCCGAUGGGACAGUUAACGCAGUUGCCCCAGAUACAGCUGUAAUGUUGGGUAUAGUGAGACGUCAGUACAGAUAUACUCCGUUUACAGAAUUGAAGGACAUCACAGAUUUUGAACAUCGUAUUCCUACGUACCAGUGGUGGAUGAAGUUGCGCCCAUUGUUGAAAGUAUUGGCCAAACAUGAGUCGACCUACCAAGAAGAGGGCCUUUACAUAACCGUUGAAGAAAUGGAUCUUGCAAACGAUGAACCUCUGAUGUAAAGAUCUUCGUCGCCUCGCUAGUUUUUUCUGACCUAACAAACACUCUGGAAAAUAAUUAGGAUUAGCCAUGUGUGCGCAGGUAAAAUAAUUCUUAUGCUACUAGCUAUUUAUGGUAUCUUAUUUGUUUCAUUGAAUUCACGAUCCAUGAUUUCAUUAAAAUUCUAACGGCAAAGAAAAAUGAUACUAGGGGCGGUAGUUAAUGGGGGAACAAAACGGCGUUGUGAGGAAAUCAAUUCAUCCAUUCUAUUAUUCUGAAUUCAUUUUUAGCUUGUUAUACGUACUGAGAUGUUUUCAAAAGUCUAAAAAACAAUAAUGUAAGUAACGGGGAAAGAAUAUUUUCUUACUACAUUGUGUUCCUUUUCAUAUCUAUCUCAAACUAAACACGGUCAGUAUAUUUAUUCUGUUACGUCACAUUACAUAUGCGAUUUCAUAAGAAUUGGUAGGAAUUGGCUCGCCAGGAAAUCAUCAUAUUAAAUUUUGGAAUAUUUAAUUUGUAUACAUAUAUACAUACACAUAUAUAUAUACUAUAGAUAUUAUUUGAUUUAUUAUCAUAUGCAAAUGCCAGGCUCGUAUCGAUACGUCAAUGGUCAUAGGCGAGUUGUGAUCAAUGAAAUAAUUCUCUUGAUAAAUUGGGAAAAAAUAUACAAAUAAUUUUAAGAAAAUAAUUGGAAAAACAAGUUCAAUCUCAGGUAAGAUAGAAUUGUAGGUACAAAAAAAGUACCUGACAAGUAACAGGUAGGAUAUGAAUUAGGAAUUACGGAAAACAUUUAAAAUAAAUUAAAUUGGAUUAUAAUUCGAUUUAUAAAAAUUAGACGAAUCGUCAAUCAAAUUAAUGUUACAUAUUUUAUAAUAAAUUGGCUAAUGAAUGGAUACCUAAGUCGAAAUUCUGUACGCGGAAAUGAGUAAUGAUUGAGUGAUGAAUGUGCUAUUGAGAUAUGAAUCGUAGAAGAAAUGGAUACAAAAACAGAGUGUUUAAAUUAAAAAAUCAAUUGAAUAAUUUGGAAAAAUGGAAUUUUAUAGAUCGUUAACGUAUCGAAUAAAAUGGAAAAUUCCCUCGGCUAACUUUGUGGUCUACUAUGGUAUAGGAUAAUAAAAAUAAGUGGAAGAGUUUUGUGGCAAUUUGAUUUUGGGAAAAAAAAAAAAGUUUUAUCGUUCAGUUUAGCAUUAUUAAAAGCUAUGAAAAGCUACUCGGAAAAUAUACUCGUCUACCUCAGAAAGAAAAAAUUAACAAAUAAAUAAAAAUAAUUUUUAAUCGUAUUGUAUAGUUGACUUCGACAAAGUUGACUCAGAUCGUGUCGGUUGCAUGUAAUGUUUAGAGAAAAAUUAAAAAUUAAAAAUUCGCUAAAAUUUAAGGCUUUAUAUGACCACAAAGAUAUUUAGAUUUAAUUCAUUUUUUCGAGCAUUUUUUAUUACGAUGAUCGCUCAAUGAUUAUCAUUACGCUUUAUAAAACUCGUAAAUCAAAUCAAUCUGAAAACUGCAGAUCUAUUCUAAAGAAAAACUUUGAGAAAAAAAGAAAUUUAUUCCUGCUGCGAAGAAUGCCAGAUAAGUAUGCGUAUUGCCGUUAAAUUGAAGAUAUUAAGGAAAAUGAAAUCGUGCUCACGUAAUUUUUGACAAUUCAUUUCUUAUUUAUGCUUCACAGUCAUACUAAAUAAUCAUCUCAUAAACUAUGACUGUGUUCGAGAUGAUUGAGAGAUCUAAAACCGAAUGAUCAUAUUACUCACACACGCCAUUGAUUUCUAAUUAAUUAUAUUCUGACAUUCAAAUACACACAUACAAGAAAUUAAAAUAUCCCCCUUAGUUGCACUAGAACACAUAUACUUUAACAGCUAUAGAUAAUUAGGCUUAUUCAAGUUAUAUUAAUGAAAAAAAAAUUAAAACCAAAAAAAUUAUGAUAUUGAUAAACAAACUAAUAAAAAGGAAAUGACAAAUAUAAUAAUAAUUGUUACGAAAAUGUUUAUAGAUUAGUAUGAUAUACAUUCGUUGUAAUGGAAUUCAGAUAAUAUUGAGUGUUAACAGUUCUAUUGCCAGAGUGUUUAUGACAAAUUAUGCAGAGAAUAAAAAAACACAGCAGAACGCAUGUAUGUAUAUCCAAGUACUAUAAGAAGGCACAUGUUAUAGGAUGUAUACGCGAUGAAAAAAGGUAAAAAUUAUUUAUUGAGAUAAAUCUAUGAACUCGUAAAAUAUUUAGUAUAUUUAAUAUAUUUAAAACGCACUCAUUUUGUACAGUAGCAUAAAAUCGCUAUAUUUUCUCAACGAGUUAUUUCCUUUUAGAAAAGAGAAAAGAAAAAAAAAGGAAAAGAUUAUUUCUGUUAUCUUUCUGAUAUUUCCGAAUUUUAUUUGAACAGUCGUUAAUUGAACGCUUAUGACUCUUUUCUUUGAAACAUAUUUACCUUUGUGAUGUUAAAUCAGCAAAGUAAAAGUAUUAUAUUAUUUGUCAACUAUAAUAAUAUUUAUAUUAAUAAUAAUAAUAAUAACGCAAAGAAGCUCGAAAGAUAAUAAUUAUUUGUAUAAUUAGAAGAAGUGAUGAAUUCGUUAUGGAAAGUAAUUUUUUCGAACAUGAUUUAUUUUUUAAUUCCAUUUGAUACGUUGUUAUUAUUUCUCUUCUUUUAUCCACGCUCAUUGUUGAUCAAAGACGCAAAUAUUUUAUAGUUUCAUCGUCAUAUAUGGUAGUAUUAUACAUUGACAUAAUUAUACUUAUACUUAUGAUCAUUUUCAAAUAGAUACCUCAUAUUAAUUUAGUACAUAACAAUCUGUUAUUUUCCUAAAUUAUUUUCAUGUUUAUUAUUUAUGCAUAAGUAAUUGUAAACAAUCAAUGGUCAUUAUUAGGCGAUUCUAAUUAGAAAUAUAUAUUUAUAUAAUGUAUAUUAUAUACCAUUUGAUGUAAAACGAAAAAUUGAUUCAUAACACUGUUGUAUUCAGUGUCAUCAAAUAAAUUAUGUGUCACGGUACAUAUGAGCAUAGCUUAAAA